GUUGGAAGGAAAGAAGAAGAGGAAGAAAAAGCAGAAGAAGAAGAAAUGAAGGACUUGGUGCAGUCAGUAAAACCCAGGGUGUUUCAGCAGAGGGGAGGUAAAGUAACUCGAUCCAAAGUUUGGCUAAAGAAUGAACUCAUUCGUGUGGGACUUGCUGAAUCACUUAGCACAUAUGUCAUGAUGUCAUUGGGCUUGGGGUCUGUGGCCCAGGUAGUGACUGGUCAGGGAGCUUUUGGACAGUACCUCAGCAUCAACCUGGGUUUUGGACUGGCUGUUGCCAUGGGGUCUCAUGUUGGAGGGAAGAUCUCAGGGGCUCAUAUGAAUGGCGCUGUAUCAUUCACAAUGUGUGUGUUUCGCCGCCUCCCGUGGAAGAUGCUACCUCUUUAUAUUUCGGCACAGCUAUUGGGGUCAUUUCUUGCAGCAGGGACAAUUUAUGCUGUCUACUAUGAAGCCAUUUAUGACUACUGUAGAGGAAACCUGACUGUGACUGGUGAGAAGGCCACUGCUGGUAUCUUUGCCACCUAUCCUGCUCCAUACCUCUCUCUGAUAGCUGGAUUUUUUGACCAGGUAUUUGGCACAGCGAUGCUACUACUGUGCCUUAUGGCUCUAUCCGACCAGAAGAACAAACCAGCGCCAGCAGGAAGUGAGCCUGCAUUUGCGGGUUUCCUGGUGCUUCUCAUUGGCAUUUCUUUGGGUAGCAACAGUGGCUAUGCCAUCAACCCCACCAGAGACAUCGCACCCAGGGUUUUCACUGCAAUGGCAGGCUGGGGAUCUGAUGUGUUCAGGGCUGGAAACGGAUGGUGGUGGGUGCCUCUAGUUGCCCCCCCUAUUGGAGGAGUCCUUGGAGCAGGGCUAUACAAGGCUGUUGUGGAACUGCAUCACCCACACCUCUCUGAAGCGGGUGGAGAGAUGGUUGAAGAAGCUGUCCCUCUGGAUAAAGAGAUAAAUACCAUUGAAAAUAUGUGUGUGUGACACCCUAGCUAAGUUGACAGCUAAGUGAAUAGCUCUAUGAAGAUGCAACAUUCAAUGAAGGUAAAGGGUUAAAAAGCCCAAAACUAACUUGUUAGAUGGGAGACAGAGGAUGAUUAGCAAACAGGGAGUGAAAUAAAGAUUUGUUCAAAUCAAAAAUGCUCACCGUGUUUUACACAAUUUCAACAUCAACUUAAAUUGGGUGUGGUCAGUUAAUUUUCCCAAGUGGCAACAUGGGAAACUGAGACUGUUGUGGAGGGCUGGACCAAUAAGAUGAACUCAGUUCUGCUCAAUAUUAAUUAUUCCUUUAUAAGCUGCUACUGGUAAGAGUAGAUGUUACAAUUAGGCCCUAAUUGUGGUCUCUUGGGAAAAUUAAUUGCCCAUCCCUGAAUUAUUCUUCUAGAGUUAGUGUAAAUGGUAGACUACAAUACAUAUAAAAUCUACACUAUUAGACAUUUUGACUCACUGUACUCGUUACUAUACGCUACAAUAAAAAGGUUUGAGACAAA